ACAUUUUAACAAGACUAUCGUUUAUCUUUUUUCAGCGUGAAUGUAUUUCAGUACACAUCGGUCAAGCUGGUUGUCAAAUUGGGCAGUCGUGUUGGGAAUUGUAUUGCAUGGAGCAUAACAUCAAGCCCGACGGCCAUAUUGUUGAUGACAAAGAGAGCAAUUCCGACGAAUCCUUCAGCACUUUCUUCGCCGAAAGCGGCGCAGGGAAGCACGUCCCAAGAGCCGUAUUCAUCGAUUUGGAACCAACGGUUAUCGAUGAGGUUCGAUGUGGUACGUACCGUAAUCUCUUCCACCCCGAGCAAAUGAUAACUGGCAAAGAGGAUGCAGCUAACAACUACGCCAGAGGACACUACACCAUUGGAAAAGAGCAUAUUGACAGUGUGUUGGACAGAAUCCGUAAGCUCGCUGACAACUGUACUGGACUUCAAGGAUUCCUGAUCUUCCAUAGCUUCGGAGGCGGCACUGGUUCUGGGUUCACAUCUUUGCUGAUGGAGCGUCUCUCAGUCGAUUAUGGAAAACGUUCCAAACUGGAAUUUGCCGUCUACCCAGCACCUCAGAUCUCAUCUGCUGUCGUAGAGCCUUACAACUCCAUCUUAACUACCCACACAACUUUAGAGCACUCUGACUGUGCAUUCAUGGUAGACAAUGAGGCAAUCUACGAUAUCUGUCGCCGAAACCUCGACAUUGAACGACCAUCAUACACAAACUUGAACCGCCUUAUCGGACAGAUAAUUUCCUCAAUCACCGCCUCACUCCGAUUCGAUGGCGCAUUAAAUGUCGACUUGACCGAGUUCCAGACUAACUUAGUACCUUACCCACGUAUCCAUUUCCCCUUGGCAACUUACGCACCAGUGACGUCAGCUGAAAAGGCUUACCAUGAACAACUCUCCGUUGCUGAAAUCACCAGCGCUUGUUUUGAGCCCCAGAACCAAAUGGUGAAGUGUGAUCCACGUCAUGGCAAAUACAUGGCCUGCUGUCUGUUGUAUCGUGGUGACGUCGUGCCAAAGGAUGUCAACGCGGCUAUUGCUACCAUCAAGACCAAACGUUCGAUUCAGUUUGUAGACUGGUGUCCAACUGGUUUUAAAGUCGGUAUCAACUACCAAGCACCAACCGUUGUUCCAGGAGGCGAUUUGGCCAAAGUACAGCGUGCCGUCUGUAUGUUGACAAACACCACGGCCAUCGGUGAAGCGUGGGCUCGUCUUGACCACAAGUUUGACCUGAUGUACGCCAAGCGCGCCUUCGUGCACUGGUAUGUCGGUGAGGGUAUGGAAGAAGGAGAGUUCUCUGAGGCUCGUGAGGAUCUGGCAGCUCUUGAGAAGGACUACGAAGAGGUUGGUGUGGACUCGGCUGGCCCUGAUGAUGAGAACGACGAAUACUAAUUUAACGGCAUAGCCAUCUCUUUCAACUGCUUCGAAGUGCUUUCAAUCUCCACAAAUUACUGCGUAUUUUUACCAAGAGUUAUCGGCAAGAUAAAACAAGAUCAAAAUGUUAAAUCAAGUCUUUCCUAUUAUAAAUUAAGGAUUCCAGCGCAUUUCUUAGUCUUGUAUAUUUUUGAGACAAUUUAUACUAUUUCUAAAAGUGUAUUGUUUUAGAAAUUACUGCAAAGUUCAAUAUUAUUCGUAUUGGUAGCGUCUUUACCUUACUUCUUUCCCAAUGUACGAUAGCCGUUUUCUACACACUAUUUAAAAAUAUGUAUUUACUAUAAGGCAUCAACAUGCCGAAAUAUAUGUAUGCCUUGUUCAUUUCUACGGUGUUUUAUUGCAUUUUAUUCCUAAAUCUUUAAUAAAACUACAUCUUUGCAUUACAUUAGUGAGCUUUCUUGCAUUGAUUUAUUGUAUUAAAUUUAUACCUAACGAUUA